UCACUCGAGUGUUUGGUGCGGUAUGGUGGAUUGCCGGGUUGUUGGAAGUCAAAAAUCUUUUUCGAAGGUCCUGAAUAUUAGCAAGUUAAGAAGUUGUAAAAACUGUUUGUGGUAUGAAAAUUCGACUUCCCAGCCGAGGAAAAUCAAGGAGAAUCUUUUCUUCUCUGGUGGUGGGUGGGCGAUUUAGAAAAAAUCGUCCGUAUCCACGCCUCGAAUAGCCGCCUCAUCGGGCUCUGAGUUCCUCGUACAUACUGAUACGUCACUUAUACACGCUCGUAAACGGCACCUCUUCGGUUGACGUCGGUGUUUGAUAAUCCUAGCAGUGGAAUUGCAAGCCUCAAUGGUUCGGAAAGUGUGCGCGGUUUUCGUCGUUUUCGAUAGCUACGAUUAUAUAUGUGUACAGUUAUAGCCACCAAAGGUGACACAAAACGAUCAUUGAUUCUCCGAUUAAUUGUCAGACAAAAGGCAGAACCCUGUACUAUGGCCCCAGAAAUCUUGUGCAAGUGGAUGUGGCGCGUGUUCUCCUUUAUUUUUACGUUGAUUCAAACGGCAAUUGCGAGGAUUCUACUUGGAAUUGAGUGUUACUCAAAAUCGGAACAACCGAUUGCUCGUCGGGCAUCGACAUCGCGUGCCGAUAACAAACUUUGCCGCAAUAGGUGCGUGAGCAACAACAGCAAGGGCAGUGGUCUUAGUGACGGUGAAAAUUCUACCUCAGACUAUACCGGCAACGUUCAUAAAAAUAUAGUCGAUACUGCACGUGAAUCGGUAAUUGGGAAACUCAAAACUCGCAGGGCGAAGACGGGUUCACGAAAGCGAAAAACACUCAACGGCCCGUCGGGACUGCCGUUUCUCGGUUGUCUUCACUUGCUGGGAGGACCAGGCGGACCUUUUCAAGCAUUCACUGAGAUGAGCCGCAAGUACGGCGAAAUCUACACCCUCAAACUGGGAUCCUUCAGAUGCGUCGUCGUCAGCAGUUAUCGCCUCAUCAAGGAAGUCUUGGUCACUAGGGGCAAGGAUUUCGGUGGUCGGCCAAACUUUCUUCGGUUCCACGAAUUAUUUGGCGGUGACCGCAAUAACUCGCUCGCAUUGUGCGACUGGUCAGAGUUACAAAAAACCCGUCGCGCAUUGGCCCGCAGUUACUGUUCGCCUCGUAGCGGAAGUGCGCAACAAGGUGAUAUAGACCGAGUAGCAUCGAUAGAGACUAAUCGUUUGAUCGACGUCCUCGGUGCCGAUGAGGCUAUAUCGGUGCGGCGGGGCGAGGAGCCACUAAAGCCGCUGCUGCUGGCCGCUGUCGCCAACAUGUUUACGAGGUACAUGUGCUCCUCUUGGUUCAACUACGCGGAUCCGGAAUUCCGGAGAACGGUGCGAAUAUUCGAUGAAAUAUUCUGGGAAAUUAACCAAGGUCACGCAAUCGACUUUCUCCCGUGGUUGAGCCCUUUUUACGAAAAUCACAUGAACCGCUUGAGGACUUGGGCAACGGAUAUCCGCUCUUUCAUCCUCGAGAAGAUCGUAAACGUGCGCCGUUCGAGGCUGGAUCCGAAGAACGAGGUCCCCCGGGAUUUCACCGACGCGCUACUCCUCCACCUCGACUCUCCGGACACGAGCCUGUCCUGGGACCACGUAAUCUUCGAGCUCGAGGACUUCUUGGGCGGGCAUUCGGCCAUAGGCAAUCUGGUCAUGCUGGUUCUGGCUCACGUCGUCAGACAUCCCGAGGUCCAGGCAAGGAUUCAAGCGGAAUGCGACGCCGCUCGACAACGACGGAAUCACCGGCUUGCGGAUCUUGCCGACAAGCCCCAGAUGCCCUACACGGAGGCCGUUAUGUGGGAGACUCUGAGGAUCUCGAGCUCCCCGAUAGUUCCUCACGUCGCUACGCGGGACACGGAGGUCGACGGGUAUGCGAUCAGCAAGGACACCGUUGUUUUCCUCAACAAUUACGAGCUUAACUUCGGAGAGGCGUACUGGGGCUUAGGGGCGGAAAAUUUUAACCCUGAACGUUUCUUGGCCCAGUCGAAGGAUCCGGAAAGAGGUUCAUGGAGGUUAAUCAAACCCGCUCACUUCCUCCCAUUUUCUACUGGCCAGAGGACUUGCGUAGGGCAGCGACUUGUUCAAACGUUUACGUUCGCUACUGUGGCCGCGAUUUUUUCCAACUACAACGUCGCAGCCGCCGAAGGGGUCACUUCCGAAAAUUUAAAAGCUCACCUCACACCAGGGUGCGUCGCUCUGCCGCCAGAUACAUUUCACCUUGUUCUGACUUCCCGCGAUGAGCAGAAAACCCUCCAAGUUUCCGAUGAAACAUGUCAUAUCUAGAGAAUUGAAUUUUUAUUAAUCAUGCCAGGCACAUAUCAACGAUCCCAAUUUUUUGAAUAUUGCGCGAUAGUUAAUACCGCGCUGCGGCUUGCUAUUCAUAUAGCAAAAAAGGGAAAAAUGUCCGGAAAGUAUCGUGUUCCGUGUUAUGAUUCCCCAAAGAAACGACACAUCUUUGCGACGUCUUCCGGAAAUAGGAACUUUUUUUCGACCUCAUGAAACUAUUCGUAAGACCAUCUGGAGACGUCCACUGGAUAUUAAUUCUCGUUUUUCGCCAUGUGCCAAUAGGUAUAAUAUCAUGUGCCACUACGAAUAUUCUAAAACACAUGGGUAUACAACACAUGUGAUAUAAAAUUUGAAGAAGAUGAAAAAAACACAAAUAAAUGUAGGUAGAAAAUGCGCUUUCAGCCAUUUAGCAAUCGUAAUAUGUAGUAUAACGAGCACGCUUGGUAUACAUAUACUUUAGUAAAAGCUGUAUGCGUACGUAUGUAUGUAUGUACAUACCAUGAUGGUUCAAAUGAUUAGAGCGAACAUCGCUUUAAUUAGAAGCAUGAAGUAUGUUCUAUGUUUCGAACGCAGCCGGGUAUGUUUUGGCAAACCGUACAGUUCGACUGAAUUUUCAUUUAUGUUUUGUUAAAACUGUAAUCGUGAGUACAACAUACAUAUUGGAUGUGUUCGGUAAAAUUAAAUAUUCCUAUAUUCAUAUGAUAACUGUUAAUACCUCGUAGCUAGGACAUUUUAUGUUUAUAUACAGAUUUUGUAAGUACAGAUACGCGACGUAUAUUGUAAUGUACUACUAUUUGUGCUAAAACCAAUUUCUAAUCUUUUAUUGAGUUUUACUACGAAAUGAUAGGCGCCAAGCAGGUUUUAAAAAUUUUGUAGGUAAAUUUUUUUUCUACAUCUUUCGCCUUUCAGUUGCAGACCGAAGAUUUUAUCGCGAUAAGCUUGUAAGAAAUUCGUAAGCAGUUUAGUCGGAGGAUGUUGUAGUGUAUCUCGAAACGUCAAACAAUCCGACGACUAAUUAUGACAUUUCCAAUUUGCGUGAUAUCUGAUAAUCUAUAUCCAUGAGCAAUUUUUCGUAAUCUGCAAACUACGCCUAAUAAAUCUUUCUUCGGAACGCCGAUUAAACUAAUCCGCAGCGUUUAUCCACUCUGCGGUUAAUUGUUUCUCUUUACAUAGAAAACGUCAUUAUCGAUGAUGCGUUAAUCUGCUAAGAUUGUCUUAUGUCACAUGAUACAGUUACAGUCGAAUAAGUACUUUUUUUUUUUUUUGUAAAUAAACAUUUACCGUUGAUACUUUUGUAACAUUAACCCAAUCGGUAUAGCUACACUAUAAAUUUCAUCUUUCUUAGAAUUCGAAUAAAAAGAAAUCCAAAAUUUUAUAGCUAGAUUUCGCAGAACGUUCGCGGCAAAUAUUCAUACUCUUCAGUAGAACCUCGAUUAUCCGAACCAAUUGGGACCGAGACUAGUUCGGAUAAUCGAAACGUGGGUUUUUUGAGACGAGAUCAUGAACAACACGUUUUUACAUAAAAACAGUACAUACAUAUGUAUUAAAAUUUGACAUACGUAUUAAC